AGGCGGCGCGGCGGGGGCCGGGCGGGCGCGAUGGACGAGACGAGCCCGCUGGUGUCUCCGGAGCGGGCGCAGGCCCCCGACUAUGGGCUGCCGGGGGGCGCCGUGCGCGCCCUCCCCGCCGCCGCCCCGCCCCCUCCGCCGCCGCCGCCUUCGCCUCCCGGUUCUCCCGGCGGCCGUGACCGCGAGCGGCAGCCGCUGCUGGAGCGCGGGGCGCGGGGCCCGGCGGCGGCGCAGGCCCAGGCGCAGGCCCAGGCGGCGGCGCAGGCCCAGGCGGCGGCGGCGGCGGCGGCGCAGCGGGAGCGAAACGACUUUCCCGAGGACCCCGAGUUCGCCGAGGUGGUGCGGCGGGCCGAGCUGGCCAGCGAGCGCGGCAUCUUCCCCGAGCGCAUCUCGCAGGGCUCCAGCGGCAGCUACUUCGUCAAGGACCCGCAGGGGAAAAUCAUUGGUGUCUUCAAGCCCAAGAACGAGGAGCCAUACGGGCAGCUGAACCCCAAGUGGACCAAGUGGCUGCAGAAGCUGUGCUGCCCGUGCUGCUUUGGGAGAGACUGCCUCGUCCUCAACCAGGGCUACCUGUCAGAGGCGGGCGCCAGCCUGGUGGACCAGAAAUUGGAACUCAACAUUGUUCCCCGCACCAAGGUGGUGUAUCUGGCCAGCGAGACUUUUAACUACAGUGCCAUCGACAGGGUGAAGUCCCGAGGGAAGAGGCUGGCCCUGGAGAAGGUGCCCAAAGUCGGCCAGCGCUUUAACCGCAUCGGGCUGCCGCCCAAGGUGGGCUCCUUCCAGCUCUUUGUGGAAGGCUACAAGGACGCUGACUACUGGCUGCGGCGGUUUGAGGCUGAGCCGCUCCCGGAGAACACCAACCGGCAGCUACUGCUGCAGUUCGAGCGGCUGGUGGUGCUGGACUACAUCAUCCGGAACACGGAUCGGGGCAAUGACAACUGGCUCAUCAAGUACGACUGUCCCCUGGACAGCGCGGGCGUGCGGGACAGUGACUGGGUGGUGGUGAAAGAGCCCAUCAUCAAGCUGGCUGCUAUAGACAAUGGUUUGGCCUUUCCCUUGAAGCACCCAGACUCCUGGAGAGCGUAUCCGUUCUACUGGGCAUGGCUGCCCCAGGCCAAAAUCCCCUUUUCACAGGAGAUCAAGGACCUGAUUCUUCCCAAGAUCUCGGACCCCAACUUUGUCAAGGACCUGGAGGAAGAUUUGUAUGAGCUCUUCAAGAAAGACCCUGGCUUUGACCGGGGACAGUUUCACAAGCAGAUUGCUGUCAUGAGAGGCCAGAUCCUGAACCUGACACAGGCGCUGAAGGACGGGAAGAGCCCUCUGCACCUGGUCCAGAUGCCGCCCGUGAUCGUGGAAACGGCACGUUCCCACCAGCGCAGCGCCAGCGAGUCCUACACGCAGAGCUUCCAGAGCCGGAAGCCUUUCUUCUCGUGGUGGUAGCUCGGGCAGCUGGGGGCAGGGCUUGGCCACCUCGGACUAGCACUUGGAGAGGAGCAGGGCCAGGGCUGGCUCCUGGGGCUGGGACUCCACCUUCUGCCUGGAGCGGCUGGAGGAACCUGCAGCUGAGCCUGAGGAUCCAGGCAGGGCAGGCACAGGCCUUCCCCAGCUGUGUGGGUGCUCAGUGCCCUGACUGGGGCAGAGCCCAGCAGGAGGUGUGGUGUGGCUGAGCCCCUGUCCCUGCCUCAGCCUGCAUGUGGUUCUGAGCAGCCUACUUGAGGCUGGGAUGAGCAGGCUGCUCGGGCCAGGAUCUGUCCUGCCCCUUCACGCCAGCCACUGUCCCUUUUCUUGCCUGUCCUGCUGGCUGCCAGGCUGGGCAGGCCUGUAGCAGCUUCUGUCCCCUCCCUUUGCCCUGAGGGUGUGCUGUGCUCCUCCCCUGGCUGUCCCUCCUGUGCCCCAACCCCAUGCACGCUGCUUUCCUCAGGGGGAGUUCCCGCUGGUGCAGCGGGGACCGCAAUGAAUGGCUGUUCUCUGGCUGGGGGCUUGAGGAGGGGACAGAAGACUCGUGGGGAUGGCUUGGGUGCAGUUAGACAGGAAGGGGAAAGAGGUGCUGGCUUGCCUUUGUGAAGGGCAGACAACUUGGGCAUGGGCUGCAGCUUAGUGCCCCCUCAUUGUGGGAACAUCCCCCUUAGGUGGAGAGGGCCAAGGGUAGGUGUGAGCACCCUCUCCCUCGCUGCUGCCUCAGCCCAUCCCUCCUGCCAGGUCUCGAUGCCUGUCCUUGCUUGGCUUUUGCCCCAGCACCCAGAAAACUCCCUGGCUGCUGUGCAGCCAGCACAGUGCCAGCCUUGUCUGUGCCUAGGGCCCCUGUGAGGGGCAGGGGACUGUGGGAAAGGGCUGCAUGGGCUCUACUGCAUGGGUGGAGGGUGUUGAUGGGAGCAGGGGGAGGCCAGCAUGGGCUCACAGAUGCCCCAGUGCUGACAAUCUCACAGGCCUGUGGGGGGCAGGGGAGGCAGUGGGCUCUUAAGAGCUGCUGAGCUUGUAUUGUAUCAAAUGGUAGCAGGGCUGCUGCUGCAUCUGCCUGCCUUGAGCUGCAGCUUCUCCUGCUGCUGAAGGAAGCUGGUGUUGGGUCUGGCUGUCCUGUUAGCCCAUCUUUAGGGAGUGGAGGGGUGGGAAUGAAGGUGAGUUUGGGCACUGUUAGUUGAGCCUGGGAGGGGAGAGCAGCUCCCUUGUCUCCUCUAUGGGGAGGGAGCUCAGCACUGGCAGUGCAAGCACAGGUUAGGCAGUGUGAGGCCCUAGCUCCCCAGCCAGGCCCGGCUGCAUCUCUGACUGACCCAAAAUGUAUUGUUCUAAUGCACUGUAGAAAUGUAUGUAAUGUAUUUAAACCAUGCAACCAUCUGAAUAACAGAGCCACUGUUCA